CCAAAAGACAAGAUUUUUAAUGUUUUUAUUUGUAUUUCUUUGACCUCAAAUGUUAUAAUCGAAAUAAAGACAUAAUAAAAUCAAUCAUACACUUUCUCAUCUUUUCACUGAAAAAAAAAAAACUUCUUGGGGCGAGGCUUUGAUACUGAUCAGAAGAUGAGUUGUUGGAGGAACAACACAAAGAAGAAGAAGAACUUUGAAGUAAAUCAACGGCAAAGAUUGUUCCAAGAAAACGGGAAGGUACUCUUAGAAGAUCUCAUCGAGCUUUGCAAUGGCAAGUCCAAUCCAAUCAAAACCUUCUCUGCUAAAGAAAUCCUCGAAGCCACCGAUAACUUCAGCGAGAGCAAUCUCGUGAUUCGGUUCGAGUUUAUGUACAGAGAUAUGCUCCAAAACCGUCCUGUUCUAAUCAAAAGAACCAUAUGGAGUUACUACAAAUCCGAUACAUUAGAUAAGAUCUGUCGUGACAUAGCAGUCUCAUCAAUGGUGAGUGGUCACAAGAAUUUCCUCAAAUUUUUAGGAUGUUGUCUUGAGUUUGAGCAUCCGGUCUUAGUUUGUGAGUAUGCAGAACGUAUACCUUUUAAUACUCCAAACCCGGAAAUGUUGUUACCUUGGGGAAUGCGAAUAAAGAUUGCGAAAGAGAUUGCGAUUGCGGUUUCUUACCUUCACACCGCCUUUUCAAGAACUAUGAUUCAUACGGAUAUACAACCUUCUAACAUUUUCUUGGAUUCAAAUGGGACAGCAAAGCUAAGUGGGUUUUGUCUUUGUAUCUCAAUUCCUGAAGGAGAGACAUUUGUUAAGGUUCAUGCUGAUAGAGUAGAAGGCACAUUAGAUUAUCUUGAGUAUAACUACGCGGCGACAGGAUUGAUCACUGAGUAUACCAAUGUUUUUAGCUUCGGAGUGUUGUUGCAAAACUUUUUCACCAGAAUGGAUGGAGUGGUUGAUUGUUGUUGCAGUGAAGAUGAGAGUCUAUUUGAAGAGUUUGAAGACAAACAAAACGUAAUGAAUCUAAGGAUUUCAGAUAGGAUAUCCAAAUUUAUGGAAGAGGGAAGAAUCUUUGAGAUGUUGGAUUCAAAAAUGUUGGAAAGUAUGGGUGAUGAUGAAACCGAAGAACACAAGAUACGAAGAAUGGAAGCAGUUCUUAUGCUCUCACUCAGAUGCACUGGUCAUAGAGGUGAUGUUCCAAAGAUGAUGGAAGUUGCCAAGGAACUCAAAAGGAUUGAGAGAUGGACAUAGAGUGGAUUUUACACAGUAGCUAUUGGGGGCAUAUAGUAGCUAUUGUAGAUUUAUUGGCUCAAUGUGUAACUAAAAAUAAGAUGUAGAACAAAUUGAAAUAUCUAAUUUUGGGUGUCGAGUGUAUAUUAUAAAUGUAUUGGGCGAAGUUUCAAUAAUUAAAAAGACAUGAAUAAAACUGAAAUAUCUAAUUGUCGGAA